AUGGAUGGGGAACUCGGAGACUGCGGUGGUGGUGGAUGGACGCUGGUCAUGAAGAUUGACGGUGCAAAGCACAACUUCAACUACGAUUCAAAAGCGUGGUCUUCCAGGUCUUCAGUGUCUCCCGAAAAUGGAGACACGGGGUUGGCUCACUUUGAGACCCUGUUACCAACGUACUGGAGCACGUCCUUUACCAAGAUCUGUCUCGGCAUGAAGGUCGAUGGAGCAACCAGGUUCUUGCGAGUGAAUAGGGCAGCAGCCUCACUGUAUGCCCUCAUUGCUGAUGGUCAGUACCGUGCAACCUCCCUGGGUCGUGAUGCAUGGAAGGGACUG